GCACGGGAAAAGGUAGGGGCUGGCGCCGGGGAGCAGGCCCGGGGGGCAGCGGGGCCGCCCCAUGCCCUGGUUUCCCGUCCCCCCGCAGCUCGUCUGGGACUUGGAGCUGCUGGCUGGGGCGGGGCUGGGCCUCUUCUGGCCCCCCUGCGCCAGCGUCUAUGGCCUGAGGGACCGGCCUGCGUGGAGCCAGCGCGGGGCGGGGGAUCUGGACUGCGAGCCGCUGACUGCCGCGCCGCGCCCUCCACGCCAGGCUGGGGAGGCCCCGAGUGAGAGCCGCGGGAGCCUAACGGGGAGGCCGGCCACCCCCGCUCUGGAUGACGCCAGGAGCCAGACGAGCCUCGUCAGACCUACACAGGCUGGGCCUGGGGCCCCAGCAGGAGCGGGUCCAGCAGCCACCGGAGCAGCCGGGCCUGGAGCUGGCUGCGAACACCCCGCCGGCGGCCGUGCUCUCGAGGAGCCGGGAGACGCCGACCUGAAGGACGGAGGCGGCGAGGACGAGGGGAGCGGAGCAGAGCUGAACCCUCAGAGCUCGCGCGGGCAGACCCCCGGAAGCCCGCCCGGGGAAGGGCAGCAGGCCCGGCAGGGCCAGGAAUUAGAGACCCCUUGGUUUGGGAAAAGCAGCAAUUCCGAAGUCCGCGGGGCAGUUCCGGGAGGAGCGGCAGCCUGGCGCCAGGAAGAGGGCCGCCCUGGGGACCCCUGCAGGGCCCCGGGAGAGCCGACCCCCCAGCGGGGGGAAGACGGGCCACCGGGCGUCCGGGCUGGCAGCAGCCAGCGGCCCCCGGCAGCGGCUGCCCGCGAAGGGGAGCGGGCUCCCGUCCCCGCCGAGCUUCCCGGGCCGCCCAGGCCCCGAGGCCCGGAAGGCAGGACGCUGGCCCCUGGGGCGCCGAAGAACCGAGAGCAGCGCGGCCCCGGGGACCCCAGGCCCUCUAAGGCCGCGUGGCCGGCACCCGGGAGCAGGGAAGCGACGCCGGCCGGCGCCCAACAGGAGGCUCUGCAGCGGCUGCUGGAUGUGUACUGCACAGCCAGGAGGCGGCGGCGGCGGGACCGGGAGCGGCAGCGGCUGCGGGUCCUGGGACGCCUCCGCGUGGUCGCGAACCACCACCGCCGAGUUCACCCGCUGGGGCUCCCUUCCAGUGCGACUCUGACGGCGCCACAGGCAAGAGCCCGGGGUCCUGCCCCGAGGGGACGGCAGCAGCCAGCAGGGUGGGGGGGGGCAGCACCCUGCUGGCCGCACCCGGCCGCUCAGAGCUCGUGCCGCCCAGGAGGACGCCGCGGGACGGCGACGAGCCGUGCGAGAGCGUCUGGAGCAGGUGCACCGUGGCAGGACUCAGCAGCUGCGGGCACUCGGGGCCAGGAACACCCAGAGCUUUCGGGAUCUGCUGUCCCCUGGCGCUGAGAAGCCUGCUCCUGGAGAAUAGCGCCCACCCCUCCCAGCCUGCCGGUCCUUUGCUGCGUCGCCAUGGAGAUGUGGCGCUGGUGGUUAAGGCUGACGGUGACCCAGGCGUGAGGUAGUUUCAGAAAGACCCAGAGGGAAGCAUUAUUGAGAGCAGGGAGAACAGAAUCCCCUGCUCGCGCAUGCACACACAGACACACACCGCAAUGAGGCUCCACC